GAGCCAGGCAUAGUCAAUAUUGCCAACAGACACUAUUUUGGCCAAGACGCUUUUCAAGACCGACUCUCAUAACUCUCAGCCCCAAAAUGAUAUAUAUAAACCCCGGCCUGGGCCCUCUCUUUCUCAUUCUCUCCUUUCUUACGGACGACCUCUGAGCUUCCGUGAUUCUCAAUCGUUCCCCGACACAGCUCAUUCAUUGAACCAAACAUGGCCGGUGUAAAGCCUCAAGCCAGCAUCACCCUGUACCGUGGCUGGACCGGGUCAGGAUACUACGUCUGGUCGCCAUUCGUGACGAAGCUCGAAGCGCGACUCCGUUUUGGUGGGCUGUCAUAUAAAUGCGACGGCGGAUCACCGAUGAAAGCACCACGCGGCAAGAUCCCGUACGUUGCCAUUGAGAACGAGAAGUCAUCUGCCCCGACGUUACUAUGCGAUACGACGCUCAUUACCGACCGACUCGCCGAGGAGGGUAUGCUGGGGGACCUCAAUGCCAAGCUGAGCCCGACAGAAAAGGCGCAGGACUUGGCGUUUACCGCGCUAUUAGAGGAUAAGCUAUAUUUUUACCAGCUCUACGAGCGAUGGCAAGAAAACUACUACACCAUGCGCCCGGGUGUGCUCCAGGCCCUGCCGUACCCCAUGCAGCUCAUUGUCGGAUUAAUCGCGUAUCGCAAGGUCAUGCAAACGCUACAUGGACAGGGCACGUCGCGUUUCACACCCGAGGAAAUUGACGUUUUCCGGCGAAAAGUAUGGGAGAAUGUCAAUGCGCUUCUCGUCACCUCAAAGGCAAAGGCAAAGGCCGGCGAUGCUUCGACCUUUUGGGCGCUAGGAGGAACUGGGCCGUCAGAGUUUGACGCCACGCUCUUUGGAUUUAUCGCUUCGGCGCUCGUUUGUCCUGCAGGGCCAGAGUCUCAAAAAGUCAUCCGAAGCUUUCCAGUGGUUGUGGAGUAUGCGAAACGGAUCCACGAUCGAUAUUUUCCUGAUUAUGAGCUUUGGAAAGAGUAGUAUAAUUUUACAACGUCUUUGAUUGUAACUAUAAUCCGCAAUCCAGUGUGUAUGAUACAUUGACGACUCGAUUGUGGUGAAAAAGCGACAUAGCAAUUACUACUGGCUAAGAAUCACCAAGCCGUUCUUCUGUAAAAAGUAGAGAAAUAUCGAUCAACUGGUAUAUAAUUUUCCUCUAGUCGCGAUAUCAUCUAAUUCUACAUCUAAUCAAUUAUCAAAGGUAUACAAAAUGGCAAGAUCAGACCACAAGGCCGUGUCCGUGAGAGGCCUUGUGCAAGUGAUGCUCGACAUGCUUGGCAUGAUUCAUUCCCUUGGGGUGGAAGUUGAUGUCGUCCACCGGGAUAAAAGUGUCUGGGUCAUCGGACAUUUCGAUAUUCUCAAUCUCCCAACCGUUAUAGUCUCCAAGACUGCGCUUGGCUGGGCCAGGGCCACCGACGAAAUCGACCUUGCAACGAUUGUAUCCGG